UCUUCUCCUCGGUCUCUCUAAGCCAGCCGCAGCCGCCGCAAAAGGGGUGAGCGGAGGGCGAUGGAGAACGGGGGUGAGUGGGCGAUGGAGAACGGGGGUGAGUGGAAGCGGAGGUUACCAGAGAUGGUCAUGUGUUCCACUUGCUCCGGAUUUGUGUUGAGGAACAAGCGCAAGCCUAACCCUGACGAGGAGGUGGUGGCGGAAGUCGAGAAGAUGCGGGACAUGCUGAGGGCGGUGCUGGUGCACGGGCCCCUCCAGAUGGUGGAGCCGGCUGAGGCGACCAGGAAGCAGCGGCAGAUUUUGCAGAGGAGGAGGAGGAUCCUGGUGGCGACCAAGAGGUGCCCGGCUUGCUCCGGUUCGCCGUUAGAGCCGUGCCUGACUCGCUUCUGUUCGCUGUUAGCGAAGAAGCGGGAGGAGGUCAGCGAGUUCAUGGCCCUCCUUUGGUCGGAUGGCGGGAAGGAGAUUUCGACGGAGGACGAGGCGAUGGUGGCAAACGCCAAAUCGUCGGAGCACAAGUUGAAGCGAUCGAGGGAGGAGGGCAGCAGCGGAUCGAAGGAGAAGAAGAAGGCCAAGGGUGAUGAUAAGGAAGGCAGCGGAUCGUCGAAGAAGAAGGCUAAGAGAUCGAACGAGGUGGAGGGCAGUGGAUCGAAGGAGGCGGAGAUGGAGGGCAGCGGAUAUGGGGUGUUGAUUGAGGGCAUCGUCGAAUCAGUCGGUGGAGGUAUGAAGACUAAGGUGCAGGUUAGGAGGGUGCUCAAGAAGAUUAUUGAGAUUUUGGAUAAGCCCCCUGUCAAGAUUGAACGGGAGGAGCCAAUGAAGGAGGACAUUGAAUUGCCCGGUGGAGAUAGGAAGACUAAGAUGGUGACUCAGAGGUUGGACGAGAAGUGCGUUGAUCUUUUGAAGAAUCGGCCCUGUCCCAAGCCUACCCCCCACGAUAAGUAUUUGACGAACCGACGUAUUAUUGAUGCUAUAACUGCCAUGGAUAAGGUUGAUCGCUUGUUCCAUGGGUACUUGCAAUACCAGUCCAUCAUCCAGGGGUAUGCUGAGUACCAGCUGGAGGUCCCGGGUGACGAAGGUGAUGACUGGAAGUUGGCGUAGCACUGUUGUCACGUGACGAAGGUGAUGACUGGAAGUUGGUGUAGCACUGUUGUCACGUGUGGUUGGUGUGGUAACGAGUUCAGGUGUGGAGCAAGUAAUAGCAUUUGUGGACGGAAGUUGGACUAAUGUGGAGCAAGUAAUAACAUUUGUGGUUGGAUCGGUUGGAUCAACAACUUUCAACUCUGGGAACAAAAUACUACAAUUUCUGGAUCCGUGGAUUUCACAGGUGCUAAAGCUUUUGAGAUAUCAGGCACGCCGGUUGACUGUGUCUCAUUGGCCUUAUCUGGGAGGCUGUUUCCUUGGUCAUCUCCUGCUUUGGUGAUCAGUGGUAUCAACACAGGGCCAAAUUGUGGAUAUGAGAUAACUCUGUAGGUUCCACUCUUCUGCCAUUGCUGCUGCAAGGGAGGCCUUAGUGUAUGGGGUGCCUUCAAUAGCAAUCUCAUUGAAUUGCAAUACAUGAUGGGUAUAUGUGACUAGGAAGAAGGAUGAAACCAAAGACAGUGACUUCAAGGAUGCAGCUAAGGCCUGUUUACCAUUGAUAAAUGCUGCCUUGGAUGACAUUGUGAAAGGAACUUUGAGGAUGCCUACUGAAUAUUGGAGUUCCAAGUGCACCAUCUGCGAAUAAGCUUGGAGGAAGGCACAUGCCGAGAAAUUCCCAGUCUUGUCAAGCAUGGCACGUGAUUUCCUUGCAAUACCUCUUAGUACCGUGCCCUCCGAAUCAGCCAAGCCUUGGAGGUAGGAUUCUUGGGGAGUCCAGAAGCUCACUAACUCCUGAAAUGUUAGAAGCACUAGUGUGUGUGGAAAAGAUUGGCUGUUCAAGGAAAAGAAGCAGACAAUCAAGGUCAAGAUCUUUGUGAAGAUCAGCCAAUUAAUACUUCUGCCUUGGUCAUUCCAUCAGGUACAAAUAUAUCAUUUGGAGGUCAAGAUCCUGCAUUCAUGUGAUGUUCUAGUGCUCAUGUUUCAGUUUUGUUCAGCUUGAAGCCUGCAGUGGGUGAAGUUCUCUAAUCACCCCUUUGCUGUGGUUUGAUUGGUUGUGUCGAUUUCCAAGAUAUUAUGAUACCCUAGCUGUUGAUGGAUUCAGAUUCCUUUUAACUCAUGAUCUAGUGGCACCACUGCUUUAAUGUAGCUAAUGGCACUUGUAAGCAUGUGUAUGAGUGGUGGUUGAUUGGUUGAAGACCGAGUUGCCAUUUGGAUAAUGCUUGUAUGAAUGAUUGUGUCCGUACCAGUCGCUCACUGCUCAUUAGCAUGAUUGAUUUUAUUUUCUUAUUUAUGUUUAUUUUUCUAAUUCUCUCUGUAUGAAUGCAUCUCUGUAUAAAUGCUGUAAGCAUUGGGCAGUAGAUAGUCCUUCCUA